CUUCGCCUUCAUAGUUUCAGUAUUUGGAUGAACUGCCUAUGUCGUCUGAAAAGGGUGGAUCUUGGAUUUGCUGUUAUGGGGAGAAUGCUCAAACCCGGCUUUAAACCAGAGGUGGUGACCUUGACUACUCUGGUCAAUGGACUAUGCAUUGUGGGAAAACUUUCCAGAGCCGUGGAGUUAGUUGAUGUUAUGGAAGAGAGAGGGUUCCAGCCCAAUGCAAUCACAUAUGGAGCGAUAAUUAAGGGCUUAGUUAGGACAGGCAAGACGUCUCUAGCCCUUGGGUUGCUCGAGAAGUGGGAGGGCAGAAGAAGCUGCAGGGUGAAUGUUGUUACAUACAGCACUGUACUCGAGGGUCUAUGCAGAGGACGGUUGAUGGAGGCCUUGAAGCUCUUCCACAGGAUGAUUGAUCAGGGUGUUCAACCCGAUGUUGUCACAUAUAACACCUUGAUUCAUGCUAGGUGCUUUGAAAGACAAUGGGAAGAGAUUGAAUUGCUCUUAAACGAAAUGACUCAAAGGGGCAUUGCCCCAGAUGUUCAAAUCUUCGACACAAUACUAGAUGCAUUUUGUAAGGAUGGGAUGUUUUCUGAAGUGGAGUCCACUCUUGAUGCUAUGAUUCGAAGAGAUAUUGAGCCUACAGUUGUCACGUACAAUUCUCUGAUUGCUGGAUACUCUCUCCAGAAUAGAAUGGAUGAUGCUGAGAAUAUAUUUCGCUUGAUGGGGGAAAGGGGAUGUCCCCCCAAUGUUGUUACUUAUAGCACACUGGUAGAUGGAUAUUGCAAGGGGAAAAGAAUGGACAAGGCAGUGAUUGUGUAUCGUGAAAUGCUUCACAAGGGUUUGGUUCCAAAUGUCGUGACAUAUAGCUCUCUUAUUGGUGGCUUCUGUCAUAUCGAUAACUUGCGUGCUGCUGAGGAGCUUUUCAAGGAGAUGCAAGAUGCUGGUCAUCCUCCAGACCUUCAGACGUAUGCUGUCCUCUUGGAUGGAUAUUGUAAACACGAUCAUCUCAAUAAGGCAGUGGCGUUGUUUGGACAAUUGGAAGAGCAAGGGGUCAAACCCAACAUUGUAAUCUAUAAUAUCCUCAUAAACGGCAUGUGCAAUAAUGGGAAACUUGAAGAUGCCAAGAGAUUCUUUAGAACCUUGCUCGGGAAAGGGUGUCAGCCUAACGCGGUGACGUUUAACACUCUCAUAAACGGAUUAUGUAAAGAAGGCCAUGUUUACGAGGCCUAUAAGUUGCUCCGAGAAAUGCGAGAGAGCGGAUGUUCUCCGGAUUCUGCCACUUAUAACAUUCUAAUUAGGGCUUCUCUUAAGAACAAUGAAGAGUUAGCUGCUCUAGAGCUUAUCCAGAAAAUGCGUGAUAGUGGCUUUGCUGUAGAUUCCUCGACAAUGGAAUUGCUCUUAGAUGAUAGGUUAAAUCCGAACAUUCUAGAAUGCAUAAAAGAGCUUCCAUAA